GUUGUUUUUCCUCCUGUUCUUUAUCAAAGUCCCCAAAAUAAGCAGGAAUGGGCAGUGACUAGGCACAGUCUCUACACACCUUUUUCCAUGGAGUAAUUAAGGCCUGCCUCAGAGUGAGAGAGCACUCCCUGCCCAGCUGUGCAAGGGAGAGCUGACAGCACCACCACCAAGCAUGAAGCUGCUGGGGACUGCCUUCUUUUUGCUAGCUCUAUGCUGUGUUUUUGCUGUGGGAGAGGAUGGUAUUCCAGCCAGUACCACCAGUACAACCACUUCUGCAUCAACAUCAAAAUCUGGAACGGAAGUUGUGAAUGCAUUAACUUCACAAGCAACGACAUUGCAAGCAGCAGUGCUGACGACUGCAAGCAGAGCUACAACUGAAUCCAUCACAAGCAAUCCCACGCUUUCCACAUCUAAUGCUACCCAGCAGAUAACGCAAGGUACAACAACACAACCACCAGUAAAAGUGACCACGACGGCAGAAGAUAAAAGUGACAAAACAACAAGCACUACACAAGCAAAUGCAACACAAUUGGCACAAAAUAAGACUUUGGAUGCUUCAUCUACUACGGGAUGGCUUUUUUCUUCUACAAUCUCUCUUCAAAAAACUACUUCUGCUACCAGAACCUCAGGUCUUCAUGUGAGCCCAACCCCAGAAGCAACAACUGCUGGCAGUGUUGGAAACAGUUCUGGAAACAAGGAAGUGCCAGAGACUGCCAUCCACUAUUCUAGUGUUAUCUUGCCAAUUGUCAUCACCUUGAUAGUCAUUACCCUUUGUGUCUUCUCACUAGUGGCUUUGUACAGAAUGUGCCAGAAGAAAACUCCCGAGAGACAGGAGAACGGCACUGAACAGGCCCAGUCAGAUAAAGAAGGAGUCAAACUUCUUUCUGUGAAGGCAACUUCUCCUGAGAAUGGAGAGCACUCAUCUCAGGGAAAGAAUAAAACUCGGCAGCUCUUUACACCUCAGCAAUAAUUAUAUGUGAAGCAUCCUGUUUUAUCACAAUACAUGGGAAUGUCCCGUCAAAGUUGCAGUUUCAAAGGAAAUGUGGAGCAGCUGAAGCUUUUUACCAGGCAGGACACUUGCAUUAAUGACCAGCUUUUGACUUCUAAAUCUCAAGUGUAUCCUGUCCCUUCUGGAAUGGCACAUAAUUUUGUGAUGGCUUAAUAACUCGUAUAUCGUAUGUAUUUAUUAUUUUCACAUAUAGUAAAAGCAGGAAAACUUUCAAGAUGGUGGAAGAUAAUGUAAAAUCAGGUGAUGUUUGCAUAGUACUUACUAAAAAUACUUUCUGCACAUACAGGAGGAAUAUGAUAGCAUACUUAGUUGAACUUAUGGUAGAUAGGGUCCUUUUAAUUCUAUGUAGCAAAAUACAAACAGGGUCUGACCCUUGAAACAGUACUGGGCAAAUUGCCACUAUGAAAAUUAAUUCAGUGAUUUCCAAGAGACUCUUCACUGUAGCACAUACUUCACUUAUCAUAAAUGUUUACAGGAUGGGAUGCAUGGGUGAAACGCUGCAUUGUGGGGUUUUUUCUGUGAAGGCAGGAGUAUACCUUGCACUGAGGCUCUUUGAAGUUCUGUAAAUUACUGGAAUUGAUCCUUGUAAUGUAGUAGGCAACAUAGUUUAUUUUCACCUGUUCCUUGCUAAUUGCAUUACAUGUGCUAUAAAUACAUCUCCUAUACAGCCUGGGGCACACAGUAGGGAUCAGCGAGAUAAGCAAUUUUACAGAUGAACCUUCUUCCCUCUGUUCUGAGUAAUGCAUGGGAUUCCAGUGGGUUAUUGAAUAACUCUGGAAGUUUAAAGAGUGUUUCAAGUGCUAAUUACAGACUCUCUUAAUUUGUACUGAGCUGGCAAUUCAAAAAUAUCAAGUAGUGCUUCUACCUGCAUGUAUCCUACUUUUCUAGAACUAUAAAGGUUUGAAAAUUAUAUUACUGUGAGCAUCUGCUCUGUCUCAAUGCACUGGCUGUGGUAGCAUGCCAAGAACCUCCAUUGUUUUAUUGGCGAAUGGAAAGAAGAUAACUGGUGGUAUAAGUGCAGGACCAAGAGCCAGGAUGAUGAUCUAAGUUUUGAUACCUAUUGAUACAAUGCUUUUGAGGAACUUCUCUGUCUAAUUUCACCUCCAAAAGAGUAAAACUUACCUAGCAGUAUGGUAAGAGAUUGAGCAAUUUGUUUAUUCAUGUUUAUACACAAGUCUGACAAGUGUUCAUUUCCCUGUGCUUGACCAUUGCUCUGAUUUCCACUUUCAUGCAUAUAACAAUCCUCUGUCUUAGUAGCACCAAGAGAAACUUUCGAUGAAGCUCUGCAAAAGAUAGGGAACCGACAAGCGUUCCCUAUGCUGUAGCUGAACUUAUCUAGUUCAUUCAGGUAUUCCUGGACCUCUUGGUUUGCUCAGGAGCAGAGGAGUCUUGGAUGCCUACUUUAGAAAGGUCAGGCCAUCCAACAUGUGCUAGUUGACAUCUGCAACCAUUCAGAUUCCUGUUUGCAGAAGUUUCCAAUGAAAAAAGCAAUCAUUGUGGAUUUUCAUGUUGAUUAAAAAAAAAAAAAAGUGUUUUGUAGCAUGUUGCAUCAUACUGAAAGGACAGCAGAAAAAGCAGAAAGAUUGUGAAAUAUAUAUAUGUUUGCACAAUUUUUUUUCAGAAACUACCAUAGUGUGUCAAGAAAAAAAAUUUAACUGCCUAUUAAAAGUUAUUC